ACCGCAGAGCCCAUUUUUUGGAUGGAGUGAACUGAAUUGCAGAGAUUGCUUUUGCGCACUUACACUCAACCGGUUCGUUCAUUCAACAUUCAGAAGAUGAACGACGCGGACUUUGCUUCUCUCAGUCAGGGCGUCUUCGUGAUUCCAUUUCAACCUGAAGCCGGUCCAUCUCGACCUUCGCCAUUACCUCGAAAGCUUCGAAAGGUGUACGAAGAUGAUUGUAAGAGGUGUUCGGAACUCCAGAAGACGUUCGAGAGGGAACGUGUGGAAGAUCAGAUAGAUGCAAUCAUCGGCUGGCUAGACCGUUGCGAUCAAGCCAGCAUCUUGGACUUUGGUGAUCAAAGACCACGGCUGAAGAUAGGUAUCAUUCAAAGCACCUCGACUGAUCUUUCCUCUACAUUACCAAUCGCUCUCGACAGCAGCUAUACAUUGCAUGGGAGAGAUGUGCCCGACUUGGCGUCUGCGAUUCAUGAAAUCGCAGCGGGCUUCUCAAAUGGAGCAAUCUCGUACAGCAAGUCCUCCGGUACAUCGGGCUUGGAUGAACUCGAGCGACAUGCUGGGCGCCAGGAGAAACCGUCCGCAGCCACACGCCUUUUGCACAUAUCUCAAGCACAAGCUAUGAACGCGAACGUUCUCUCUGACCUGCUCUACUGCUUGAGUCGACACCCGCGACUCCGUUUCAGAGUCCUCCUAUCCGCUCCAUCUCCAUCUCUGAUACUUUCAUCCCUUCGCCAUGCUGAUCCCACCGCCGUGGAUGUCACUGUCGUCCAUGCCAUCAUAUUGAAGAAGCGAGUGACUGCCGCGGAUGCUAUACUAAAACCCUUGAUGAGGGAACCACUCUCGUUACCUUUGAGCGCAGAGGUCCUCGAGGAAUUACGCGCUAAGGACGAUCAAGUUGGUGGGGGAAGCAGGUCAAUCUCAAGGGCUAUCAAGUGGCUGCUCCUGCGCUCUUCGUCGUCUUCUCGAUUGGAAGAAGUAGUUGAACAUGGCGGCAUGACAGCACUUCAAGCCAUAGUCAACGCGAGGAGAAGUGAUCUCAUGGAAGUGGAAGACAUGACACGGAAUAUCGUUGAGACUGAUGCAGCAGAGGCUCUCGAAGCCUCUCUGGAUCCUGCGCCUCGAAUUGCCUUGCUUAAAGCUCUAGCGGAAAGCGAGCCAUUCCUCAAGUUCACAGCCAGAGGAAACGGCGAUGUGAAUUUGAGCAUGGCCGUCAACGGCACUCCGGCAUCAACAACAGGCUCACAUCUUCGUAAACGGUCUCGUACUGAGGACUCAACUGUCAGCAUGCCUGAAGAGAGACAACAGCCGGUCACUGAAAGCGUUGGAGGAGAUCUGGCGGAAAUACAUACCCUAUUCCAGUUGUACGCCUCUGCGGGAAGGACAGUGAAUCUUUGGGAUUGGCUUCAAGGCUUUGAGGAGUCGACCAUCAAGACCGUUGACGAGGCAAAGUCGGCGCCUACAGCGGAUGGUACGACAAAUGCCGUAGAGAUAGAGAGUGCGCUAGAGCAGGAGCGUGAGAAAGCGGCGAUGGACGAUGGCGAUGAGAACGAGGACGAGAACAGCUCAGAAGAGAAGGAGAAAGAGGUGAUGGAUGAGACUGAACAAGAUCGACUGCAUUCUGUGUUUAUCCGUUUCUGCGAAGAAGCGAGGAUGAUGGGACUGCUUCGAGCCAGAGGAAAAGGGGUCAGUAGACGAGCCGACGAGGUGGUCAAAGGCGUUGGCUUUGUCUAGCAGUUGGAUGCAUGUGGGAGCAUCAGAGCG